UUCACCGUCUGCAGCGUGUGUACGUGCUACAAUUUAAAUUUAGUGCUAAUACAAAAAAACUAAUUAUUUUUUACUAAAUCAAAAUAUUCAGCAAAAAAUGGCACAAUUUGAUUUAACUGCGAAAACUUUACAAUUUCUGGAUAGGCAUUUAACUUUUCCACUAUUGGAAAGUCUGUGUGCAAAGGAUAUUUAUAGCAAAGAAGAACUUCUUCAAUUUAUAUUAGAAAUUGUUAAUAAAACAAAUAUGAUUGAUUAUACAAUGGAUACACGUAAACGCUUGAACUUAGGAGAAGACACUCCUGAAGAAUUGCAACAGAGAAAAACCAAGGUUCUAGCUACAUUGAGGGAACUUCAUAAUGAGGUUGCUCCUAUUAUGAAAGCUACUGAGUUAUUAAAAAACAGUGACAGUAUGAAAGAUUCGAAAACUUUUGUUAAUGUUCUGCAAAAGGAUUACAAUUUUAAUGCAGAGAAUGUCGAAAGUGCAUACAAACUAGCUAAAUAUUUGUAUGAAUGCGGUAGUUAUCGUGAUGCUACUUCGUAUUUGUAUUUUUGCUUACUAGUCAUGUCGACAUCUGAUAAAAAUUAUUUAAAUGUGUUAUGGGGUAAGUUAGCAUCAGAAAUUCUUAAUCUUAAUUGGGAUUCUGCUCUUGAGGAUCUGUCUAGAUUGAGAGAAUUUAUCGACAGCAGCAAUUUCACAGCCAUAAAUGCACUCCAACAAAGAACUUGGCUAAUUCAUUGGGGUAUUUUUGUAUUUUUCAACCAUGACAAAGGUCGUGAUGUUAUAAUUGAGAUGUUUUUGUAUAAACCUCUGUAUUUAAAUGCUAUACAAACUAUGUGUCCCCACAUUUUGCGUUAUCUAGCUACUGCUGUUAUAAUUAAUCGAGCACGCAGGAAUGCCCUGAAAGAUUUAAUAAAAGUUAUUCAACAAGAGUCAUACACAUAUCGGGAUCCUAUAACAGAAUUUUUAGAAUGUUUGUAUGUAAAUUUUGAUUUUGAUGGUGCCCGUAUGAAGUUGCAUGAAUGCCAAACAGUUAUUUUAAAUGACUUUUUUAUUGUAGCAUGCUUAGAUGAGUUUGUCGAAAAUGCAAGAUUGAUGAUUUUUGAAACAUUUUGUAGAAUUCAUCAAUGCAUUACCAUUAGCAUGCUUGCAGAUAAAUUAAAUAUGAAACCGAAUGAAGCUGAAUGUUGGAUUGUCAAUUUAAUAAGAAAUGCUCGUUUGGAUGCAAAAAUUGAUUCUAAAUUGGGUCAUGUUGUUAUGGGAACUCAACCUUUAAGUCCAUAUCAGCAACUUGUUGAAAAAAUUGAUUCACUGUCAAUAAGAUCUGAAGCUUUGACUGGCUUGGUGGAGCGCAAACAUAAACAGAAGAACCAAGAAUCUGCAGAUAGCUGGAAAUACUAUUAUUAAAAAAAAAUAAAGUUCACGCAUCAAAUCGUAUAUAAUAUUUUUACAUUUAGUCCAUGUUUAUAAUAAAAAAAUGUGACUUUAAUCUUUCAUUUAAUUUGUGUAAGAUGAUGUAAAAAUUUUAUUAAAUUAAGAAAUUAACAUGAUUUUUAUCAA